AUGAUCAAACAAGUUGUCACGCGUAACAACCCUAACGUGCGAUGGUACAUUUUUGGGGAUGAUGAUACGGUUUUUUUCGUGGAUAAUUUGGUGAAGACAUUAGAAAAGUAUGAUGACAAUGAAUGGUAUUAUAUAGGGUCUAAUUCAGAGAGCUAUGUUCAGAAUAAUUAUUUUUCUUUUGAUAUGGCAUUUGGUGGUGGCGGAUAUGCAAUAAGUCGUCCAUUGGCUUUGGUUUUAGCUAGGGUUUUGGAUUCUUGUUUGAUGAGGUACCCAAGUCUCUAUAGUAGUGAUGCUAGGAUUUUCUCUUGUUUGGCUGAGCUUGGAGUGAGUUUAACACAUGAACCUGGUUUUCACCAAGAUGAUGUAUGGGGAAAUCUAUUUGGAUUACUUUCAUCGCAUCCAUUAUCACCAUUGCUAUCACUUCAUCAUAUAGAAGGAGUACAAUCAAUAUUCCCCAACAUGACCAAAAUUCAAGCUCUGCAACAUUUCUUCAAAGCUGCUAAUGUUGAUCCUGCAAGAAUAUCACAACAAUAUAUUUGCUAUGAUCGAAAAAAUUCAUUAUCUGUUUCAGUUGCUUGGGGUUACGCAAUACAAGUGUACGAGGGCAACAUUAAAGUUCCCGAGCUUAUAACAGUUUUAAGGACAUUUCAGUCAUAUGAUAAAGAUAAGAAAAGACAACAUUUUAUGUUCAGGACAAAGGUGGAAUCGAAAAGUCCUUGCAAGAAAAUGUUUGCCUUUUUGAAAAGUGUUGAUUCUAAUGGAGAUAAAGUUUGGACUAACUAUACGAGGCAUAAAUUGGGCAAAACUUGCAAAAGAGAUGAUAAUAAACUCAAGAAUUUGGAAGAGAUUAGAGUGUUCUCUCGUAAGUUGGAUACUGAUACUAGACAGGUUAGGGCACCACGUCGUCAGUGUUGUGACAUAUCACUAUCGUCCGAGAAAUCUAUGGAUAUUCAAAUCAGACCAUGUGGAAUUGAUGAGUUAAUUGCAAUGUCUCCCUAG